AUGCUGGGCUGCCCUCGUGGUUGGUUCCGCCGAGUGGCCCUUACCUCCGCCUUCCUCCGGCGCCAAGACCAGCGCGCCCGCAUUCUCGUCGCCCGCCCUGCGCCGCGCGCACGCUCUCAGGCCCCGGGUUCUCUUAAAUGUUUUCUUGGAUACUUGAAAAUGGAGAUGACAGAAAUGACUAGUGUGUCAUUGAAACGGGGGUCCAUUGCCAUCGAAGAUAAUGACAGUGUGGCCCCAGCUGAGGAGGCCAAGAGACAGAAGGUCUCAGGAUGCUGUCCAACCACAGGUCAAGACGGGCUAGAGAACAGCUCUCUACCCAGCAGCGAAAAGGUGCCUGGGCCUCCCGAAACUGCUGGACAGGGUAAAGAGAACUCUGAAGUUCCAUCAGAGGAAGAGGAGGAGGAAGAUGGCCUCUCAGAGGAGGGUGAGGAAGAGGAGGAAGCGGAGAGCUUUGCAGACAUGAUGAAGCAUGGGCUCACUGAGCUGGAUGUGGGCAUCACCAAGUUCGUGAGUUCUCACCAGGGAUUCUCAGGAAUCUUAAAAGAACGGUACUCUGACUUCGUCGUUCAUGAAAUAGGAAGAGAUGGACGAAUCAGCCAUUUGAGUGACUUGUCUGUCCCAGUGGAUGAAGAGGAUCCUUCAGAAGAUGUAUUUACAGUUUUAACAGCUGAAGAAAAGCAGCGUUUAGAAGAGCUCCAGCUUUUUAAAAAUAAGGAAACCAGUGUUGCCAUUGAGGUUAUUGAGGACACCAAAGAGAAAAGAACCAUCAUCCAUCAAGCGAUUAAAUCUCUGUUUCCAGGAUUAGAGACAAAAACAGAAGACAGAGAGGGGAAGAAAUAUAUCGUAGCCUAUCAUGCAGCUGGAAAAAAGGCUCUGGCGAAUCCAAGGAAACAUUCUUGGCCAAAAUCUAGGGGAAGUUACUGUCACUUUGUACUGUACAAGGAAAACAAAGACACCAUGGAUGCUAUUAAUCUGUUGUCCAAAUAUUUAAGAGUCAAGCCAAACAUAUUCUCCUACAUGGGAACCAAAGAUAAAAGAGCCAUAACCGUUCAGGAGAUUGCUGUUCUCAAAAUAACUGCACAAAGACUUGCCCACUUGAACAAGUGCUUGAUGAACUUUAAGCUGGGGAAUUUCAGCUAUCAGAAAAACCCUCUGAAAUUGGGAGAGCUUCAAGGAAAUCACUUCACGGUCGUCCUCAGAAAUAUAACAGGAACUGACAACCAAGUGGAACAAGCCAUGAACUCUCUCAAGGAGAUUGGGUUUAUCAACUACUACGGAAUGCAAAGGUUUGGAACAACAGCUGUCCCCACAUAUCAAGUUGGAAGAGCUAUACUGCAAAAUUCCUGGACUGAAGUCAUGGAUUUAAUAUUGAAACCCCGUUCUGGAGCUGAAAAGGGGUACUUGGUUAAAUGCAGGGAAGAAUGGGCGAAGACCAAAGACCCAGCCGCUGCCCUCCGAAAACUACCUGUCAAAAGGUGUGUGGAAGGGCAGCUUCUCCGAGGACUUUCAAAAUACGGAAUGAAGAAUAUAGUCUCUGCAUUUGGCAUAAUACCCAGAAACAAUCGCUUAAUGUACAUUCACAGCUAUCAGAGCUACGUGUGGAACAACAUGGUGAGCAAGAGGAUUGAUGAGUACGGGCUGAAGCCUGUGCCCGGCGACCUUGUUCUUAAAGGAGCCACAGCCACCUUUAUUGAGGAAGAUGAUGUUAAUAAUUACUCCAUCCAUGAUGUGGUAAUGCCUUUGCCUGGUUUUGAUGUUAUCUACCCCAAGCAUAAAAUUAGUGAAGCCUACAGGGAAAUGCUCACAGCAGACAAUCUUGAUAUUGACAACAUGAGACACAAAAUUAGAGAUUAUUCCUUAUCAGGGGCCUACCGAAAGAUCAUUAUUCGUCCUCAGAAUGUCAGCUGGGAAGUUGUUGCAUAUGAUGAUCCUAAAAUUCCACUGUUCAACACAGAUGUGGACAACCUGGAAGGUAAAUCACCACCAGUGUUUGCUUCUGAAGGCAAAUACAGAGCUCUGAAGAUGGAUUUUUCUCUCCCUCCUUCUACCUACGCGACCAUGGCCAUUCGCGAAGUGCUUAAAAUGGAUACCAGCAUCAAGAACCAGACCCAGCUGAACACCACCUGGCUCCGCUGAGGCCUGUGUCCCGUAUUAGAAAAUGCAGACUUGUGUUUGCUGGCUUCCUGUUCAUUUUCCUCUGAGU